AAAAAAAACCGCUCUGGGUACACUUACCUCGGUUACAAAUGUCAAACAAUUCAUAAACAUAAACAAUCAGAUGUACAACCGGCCGAAAAAAUCGAAUCAAUUUCAGCAAACGCCUCGCAAAAGUGCAUCUAUAAGCUCAAUCUUUCAGCUAAAAAAUCUCACCAUGGACGACGAAGAGUACGAGCGCUUUGAAAUCACCGAUUACGAUCUGGACAAUGAGUUUAACCCAAAUCGGGGACGUCGGCGACCUACCAAACAUCAGCAGAUUUACGGCAUAUGGGCUGAUGAUGAUUCAGAAAACGAUGGCGAAGAAGGCACUUCCACUGGUGGGGGUCGGCGUAGAGGUCGUCCGGUGGGUAAGAAACCAAAAGACUAUUCAGCCCCGAUUGGAUUCAUUGCCGGUGGUAUACAGCAGUCGGGCAAAAAACCUGACCCGGCCAAGGAACGCAAAGCUUCCGACGAGGACGAUGAAGGCGAAGAGGAUGACGAUCGACCACGGUUCGGUUCCAAAGUUGCGGCAAACGCUAGCAAUACAUCGUCCGAGUCGGAGGACGAUAAACCACCGGUGCAUGAUAUGCGUUCGAUGGCUGGUUUCCGGACGUUUAGUAGCGGCCCACCGAUAGCGACCAAGGGUGGCAAAAACGUUGGCAAUUGGGAGCAGCAUACGCGUGGCAUCGGUGCAAAGCUGCUGCUACAGAUGGGCUAUCAACCGGGCAAAGGUUUGGGUAAAGAAUUGCAGGGCAUAUCGGCUCCGAUAGAGGCUCAUCUUCGGAAGGGCCGUGGUGCUAUCGGUGCGUACGGACCGGAGAAAAAAACUGUCGUUGCGGAUGCAAAACAAAAACAAAAGCUGGAAGAUACAAAGGCACUGCCGGCUGGUGGCAAGGAAGAAGACAGUGGUCAGUGGCGUAAGGAUGGUAAGCAGGGAAAAUCGCGUUACUUUUACAAAUCUGUCGAGGACGUUAUUGAGAAGGGUAAGAAAUCCACUACGGCAACAUAUGCACCGUUCGAUAAGAGUGCGGCCAAGCUCAGCCAGGUAACGGUAAUCGAUAUGACGGGACCGGAAAAGCGUGUCCUCAGCGGAUAUCAUGCUCUCGGGCAGGCCAAGGUGAUUGAAGAGGAACUGUACGAACCGACGCUAAUGGGUACUAAAACAAGUGCCAAAGAGACGACCCACUUUGUUCUUCCCGAGCUAAUGCACAACCUUAAUCUGAUGGUGGAGUACUGUGAGCAGGAUAUAAUUGCCAUCGAUAAGCAAAAGUGUGAGGCUAAAGAUCGCGAAGAGCAGCUAUUGCACGAGAAGCAAAAUUUAAUCCGCAUAAGCGAACUAGAGAAGGAUUAUCUGCACACGCUGGAUGGAACACUUGAGUUGGUUCGGGCGUUGGUCGAACCGGUUGGCGGGACGAUUGAGCUGGAGGAAUGUGAACGAAUCUUUGUCCGCUUGUACGCGGACUAUCCUGCCGAUUGUAAAGAGUUCGGUCUGUCGGACCUUGCUGCAGGUGUAAUUGCUCCACUGAUUGCUACACGGCUCAAGGAAUGGACACCGUUCACGGAUCCGACACGUCAUUUGGAUGUGUUUAAACGCUGGAAGUCCAUCCUGGCGUCAGCCAACACGGACAGCAACAACAGCAACAGUCUGCUCGAUCCUUAUUCGGCCGUAGUAUGGACCGGCGUAGUUCCCAGCAUUCGAGCUGCAGCAAACGAAUGGAAUCCCCGUGUCCAUCAACCGAUGAUUGCGUUGCUGGACGCGUGGGCACCACUUUUACCUGCUUGGAUACUGGACAACGUACUCGAACAGAUCGUGCUGGUAAAGCUAUCUGCAGCAGUCAUCGAAUGGGACCCACUGACCGAUACCGUUCCGAUACACUGCUGGAUCCACCCGUGGACGGAACUGCUCGGACCGAAAAUGGAGGGUAACGUUUAUCCGGCGAUUCGUGAAAAGUUAGCCCGUGCACUGAAGGCUUGGCAUCCGGAAGAUCGUUCCGCCAGGGCUAUGUUAACACCGUGGAAGGGCGUUUUUGCCGAGGAAGAUCUGCAAGUUUUCCUUGCUAAAAACAUCAUACCCAAGCUGGAACUAAGGCUUACCGAACUGAUCAUUAAUCCGCUGCAGCAAGAUUUGGAAAUAUUCAACCAGGUGUGGGAAUGGAACGAACUCAUCUCACCGCUCCAAAUGGCCACCAUCCUCGAUAAGUACUUCUUCCCCAAGUGGCUCCAAACGUUAGUCAUCUGGUUAAAUCAAUCGCCUAACUUUGAUCAAGUAUCGCGCUGGUACCAGGGCUGGAAGGCACAGUUUACGGACGAUGUCGUGCGCCAUCCAAACAUUAAGGAAUGUUUCCGCAAAGCGCUGGAACUAAUGCAGCGCUCGAUUGGUAUGGGAACGGGAGGUGCAUCGAAUUCACCGCCCGCGAUGGAACCGAUACCGCCACCACCGAAACCUCCCAUUCCGAUGGACAUUUCGGAGCAGCCAACGCUUGAGUUUAAGGAACUCGUUUCGCAGAAGUGUGCCGAACGGGGUAUCAUUUUCGCACCGAUGCCAGGACGCCGCGAGCUAGGCAAGCAGGUGUACCGUGUUGGGAAACUGUUUUGCUACAUCGAUCGAUCCGUGUGCAUCAUCAGCCCGGAUGGGGGUGUUAGCUGGACGCCCAUAUCUUUAUCUGCCCUUCUGGAACGAGCUGUCAGUGGCUGAAGUGAGCUGUUCUUUGUGGUAGAUUAAAAAUGAUAAAAUAAAAUAGAAUUCAAGUCUUAAA